GUUAGCCGGCUUUCUCGAACUAGCAGUGGAAACCUGAGCCUCACGCCUGGGCCACCUUAGGGUUAGAGGUCUGGUGGCCCCUCUGUGGGCCCCCUUCAGAUUUUGUCAGUGGAGUGUUUUUUGUUUUUUUGUGGUUUUUUUCGUUCGUAUUUUAUUUUUGUCUGUAGGAAAGAUAUCUCCUUCCAAAGAAAGAAAAGCUCCUGAAAGUCUGUAACUUUCUAAAAACUUAAGUAAUUCCGGACUUGCCUGAUUUCAUCCCCUCUGGACUUGCUUAUCCUGUUUGUGGGAAACCCAGAUGACUUGCUUUCCUUACUCCUGGGUCAGAAGACUAUUUGGAAUCUGUGUAAUUGGCUUUAGGAAUCGGGAAGAAAUUGCUGGAGCCUCCCAUACCAGUGGCUGCUGAAGUAGAAGAUUCUGGAAAAAGAAAAAACAAAACCUUUGAGGGACCCAGGCUAUGCCUGAGGGAUUUUCAAGAUGACCAAGAUACCAGCCACCAAGAAGAUGCAGAGUGCCCCCAACACAGGGGCCCUCUGGACCUUUUAUGCCUCAGAACAUCUAACACAGGUGCCAGACAAGCCAAUGAGGAGCAUCAAGUAUAUGGACAAGGAAAUAAUAAACCUCAAAAAAGACCUUGCACGAAGCCGCAUGCUGAUCCAGUCAGCGAAGAUAGGCCGCGGGUACUUCAGCAUGCUGCGAGAGGAGAGCGCCUUGAAAAAGAAGCAACAGCAACUUCAGAAACUCAAAGAGGAAGAAAGACACAAAUUCCAGCCAGCCAAAAAGAUGUCAGACAUCCAUUACGGCGAAAUUCUUCUGACCACAUACGAUGACGAGGUUAAGAAGACGGGCGCUGGAUUCAUUCGCCCCUUCAUCCCCGUGCACAGCUGUAUCAUCCUGCCCUCGCUGCCCGAGGCUCACGUGGAGCCCCUCUUCCGCCAGCUCUGUGCCCUCCACUGGCUUCUGGAGGCCCUGACUAUCGACCACACCCACCACACCAUGAAGCCCGUGAUCACCUGCUGGAAUCCAAAGGACCCGGGUGGAAGCAAGAGCACAAUAAAAAAAAUCAAUAAGGACAAGUCCAUGGGACAGAGGUGGGAGCACUUCGUCACGGCGCCUAAGACCAAGAAAUUCAAAAUUCCUGUACUCCGCGUCACCAGCCGCAAACCAAGCCGGCGAGGCUCCACACUCAGUCUGUCUCGGACCAGUGGGGGAUCAUCCCCCCAGAGCAGCAUGGUCUCCAUGAACCCUGGCUCAGAUGAGCCCCCGAGUGUGAUCACCCAGGCGACAGGCAGCAAGGACAUUGAGGACAAUGAAUCAUCUUCAACCAAGCCUGAUGAAGAACCCCUCCAUGUCAAUUUGCAGAAGCUGCUGGAAAUGGUUCGGGAAGAUGCCCGAAGGACAAUCAUGUUGGAAAAUGGGAUGCAAAGGAAAGCACCCAGUAUCUUGUCUAUGCUUAGACAAAACAAGAGCGAUUUGGCCUAUAAAGACAUGCAGACCACCCGCAAGUCAAGUGACAGAUCCAGCAGUACAAGUGGAGAAAGCCACACCCAACUUAUCCAGAAGAAGUCUAAAAGCCGCACCAACCGUGACAUCAUCCAAUGCAAGACUGGCGUGUGCAGCUCCAUGAGGGCCAAGUUCUACAGCAUGGCCCAGGAGGCUGGCUUCUGUCUUCAAGAUAAGAUGGAAAUCCUCAUGAAGCGCCAAGAAGAGAGAGGUCUCCAGAAGUUCCAUUCUUUUGUCAUUGUCUCAAAUUUUAAAAAGGAUAUAGCAAAAAUGAGGCAUCAAGUCUCCAUGGUAAAAGGAGAUGCAGAAGAAAUUGCAGACCAUUGGUACUUUGACCUGCUGUCCAAACUCCCUGAGGAUCUGAAGAAUUUCCGCCCAGCCAAAAAGAUCCUGGCGAAACUGCAGAAGUUUGGGGAAAACCUGGACCUCAGGAUCCGGCCCCAUGUCCUCCUGAAGGUGCUGCAGGACCUGAGAAUCUGGGAGCUGUGCUCUCCGGACAUUGCUGUGGCUAUUGAGUUUGUACGUGAACACAUCAUCCAUAUGUCUCAAGAGGAUUAUAUCACCUGGUUGCAGACCCGCAUCAAUAUCCCCAUUCGGUUCCAGAGUCUACGGGCGUAACCUGGACCUGGGUCAACCAGCUGUCCCAGUGGAGGAGGGCUAGACUACAUUCUGUUCCUGCUUCCUACCUGUGUUCCUGCUUCCUGCCUACGCUCACGCACACCCACGAGAAUAGAGGAGGGUCUGACUUCUGGCAACAUUCUAGAAGAAGAUACUCCCAGGUGGAAACUCCCCUCAACCUUACACCCCAGCCUUGAACUCCCAGUCUCUGUUCCUCACUGGUCCAGCCUGACUCUACCCAUUCCCUCUCCAGAUGCCUCCACCUGACUCCUCUUCCUCAAAUCCUGGUUAAUAAAAUGGAGCUGAGUGUUUGA